ACUGUUCAGAACUGAUUGAGAAGCCGAGCUGCUUGCUACCAGCUGGGCCUGAAGUCCUCAUGGCCUUCCCACUGGAGGUUAGCAUUCUGGAGGACGAGUGGGACUGGUUUUUUUCUGCAAUUCAGUGGAUACAGUUUGUCAUGGCUACUCUGAGUGUUAUAGGUUCCAGUUCACUUAUUACCUAUGCUGUAUUCCAGAAUAUACAGAAAUCUCCAGAAAUAAAACCACUCUUUUGUCUGAGCUUCUCUGACCUGCUCCUGGGAAUUUGCUGGCUUACUGAGACACUUCUUUAUGGAACUUCAACAAACUAUAAGGAUGUUGUCUGUUAUAACCUGCAAGCUGUUGGACAGAUAUUCUACAUUUCCUCAUUUUUCUACACCAUCAGUUAUAUCUGGUAUCUGUACACAGAACUGAGGAUGAAACACAACCAGAGUGAACAGAGCACAUCGCCACUGGUUGUAGAUUGUACUUGUCAGAUUGGUCAGAUGACCUUCAUUUUAUCAAGCCUGAUACCACUACUGUUGAUGAUACCUGUAUUCUAUCUGGGCAAUGCUAGUGAAUGUUUCCGUAACUUCAGCCAAAGUCACAGGUGCAUCCUGAUGCACUCUCCACCAUCAUCCAUGGCUGAACUCUUACCUUCAGCCAACAUAUCAAUCUGCAGUACACUUUAUGUUUAUGGCAUCACCAUUUUCCUGGCCAGCUUUUUACUCAGCCUCUUCACCAUUAUGGUCUUACUCAUCCAAGCCCAGAUAUUUUACAAGAAAUUUUUGAAAUCAACUGGCUUUCUGGGAAGUGAACAGUGGGCAGUGAUUCAUAUUGUGGAGCAGCGUGUGCGCUUUUACCCAGUGGCCUUCCUAUGCUGCUGGGGCCCAGCUAUCAUUCUGAUGAUCAUAAAGCUCACCAAAUCACAGGACACCAAACUGCAUAUGGUUCUCUAUAUUUUCCAGGCUCUAACAGCAGCAUCCCAGGGUCUGCUCAACUGUGGAAUAUAUGGCUGGACACAGCACAGAUUUCACCAGCUAAAGCAAGAAGCUCGACGAGAUGCAGAUACACAAACACCAUUGUUAUGCUCACAGAAGCGCAUCUAUAGCAGGGGCCUAGAUCCAUUGGAGUCUACCAUUGCUUUUGUUUCCAACUCUUCCACCAUUCUUUGAAAGUAUAAUACUGGAACAUUCAGAACUGGAGUUACUUCACACUAAUAGAUUCAGAAGACUGUUGUAAGGGGAACAUUAUAAUACAUCUUUACUAAAUGUGCAUUAACUUCAAAAUUGAAAGGAAAUAUAGUGCCAUCCUUAGUAGCUAUUCUUGAUGAACUGGGAAGGAUCUUUAAAGUUACACUCUCUUCACAAGAGAUAAAAGCACUUUCCAUCUAAGAGACUCAUUUACUUUGAUGGAUAUUAGAUUUGUCUAAGUCUCUUCUAGAAACAAAUAAAUUCCAAGUUAUUAUUUAUAUGCAUUCUUUCCAGACUCAAUUUCAUAGUUGCAGUGCAGGGAGGGGGACAUGCACCAACUUGCUCAGAUAUUGCUAUUGCAUGAAUAUGGGGCCUGGUUUUCUUUCCUUUGAAGAGUUUUGAAACUCAGAAAAAGCUAGGAAACUUUUAUUUUAAAAAGUGAUAGUGGGACACUUAAACACAUCUUAUCCCAGUUUCAUAUGUUUAGAUCUGUUUUAGAACUUAAACAGAAGCACAAUCCUAUACUAGAAAAUUAAGAGCUAUCUUUUGAAGUUAUAAGGAAAAUAAAUUUUAAGGGAAAUCAAAGCUAAAAACCCCUCUAGAAAUAAAUAAUUCUCAACUAUCAUUUACAAGCAGAAUUCCUGGUUGGUUUCAUAGUACCUAGACAUGUAAAAUUAGGUUGACCCAUUAUGUUAACUGGCUAUUCUUAUAAGUGAAAAUUGUCUCAGGCACAUGGUUCAACCUAAUAGCAAGCGCUAAACACGUUUAUAGGAUGAAUGAGCAAGCAGUGAUAAAUGAUUACUAGGUACAAUUUAAACCUUUUAGAUCACAGAGCAUCAUUAAGAGGUAGGAAUGUUCAUCUAACCUGUUUUUUUUUCCCCUCUCAAAUCAUAUAACAAUUUCUUUGGUUUCUCCAGUUAGUUAUGAACAAGGCCAAUUUAAGAUCUGAGCAUUGUGUGUCAUGUUGUAAAGAAGUGAGGAGAGCUAAAUGGACAAUAUGACUAGAAUGAUAAUCAACCAAAUCAUUGGAACUAAUAAGCAUAUACUUCCCUCUUGAUAAAUUCUAAGGUAAAAUCUUUAAGAUUAGAGAAAUUGAUCAGAUGAUAGUAGGAGAUUAAGCAGUAUGCUCUGAAAAGUAAAUUCUAAAGAUCUUUCCAAAGGAGUCCUAUGGGAAAAUCAGGUAAUUCAGUAAUAGCUCUUGAAAUUUUGGCAUGUGCUUCAAGGAAGUUAUGGAGGGCCACUCUGCCAAGAUCACAUCUUGAGGCUUCUAAUUGUCCCAGACUCUGAAGACCUGAUUUCAGGCUAUCACGGAACAAAAAAGAUUCCCUCACCCAGGGAGCUAUUUUAAUUUUUUAAUUUAAAAACUAACAAGCAUUCAUAUAGAAAAAUAGGAAGCAGCAUAGAAUGCCCAUUUCCAUAGUCCCUGAAGGGGAUCAGAAGUAAGAUGUCUAAUAGUAUCACUUUAUAUUUGCCUUUAUUCUCAAAAAGAAGGUAAUUAGUAAAUAUUUGUCAGCACUAUCUUGCUGCUCUGAUGACUUAUUUUUCAUGAUCCUGGUCUUAGAUAUUCUGUGAGUGUCGGUAGAAAAAAAAGAUAAUAGAAGCAAGAAAUAGCAAGAGUUUCAACAAGACCCAAAUUAAGAUUGUAAGUUUUUUUCAUACUGAAGGUCACAGUGAAUAUGUAGAGCUGGGUUACUAUUCAAACUAUUCUCAGUAGCCCUAGGAGAGAGACAGCCAUAGACACACAAGGAGUUUUUGAAAUUGUUGUAAACACCUCUCCCAUGACACUUUUCCAAGUUGCAGUCAUAGUGAAGUACAGUGGUAUCUAAGUAAAGUUGAUGAUACAGAUUUUCUGUGGAUCGCGUAGACAAC